GGGCGCAACUUGGACGAGGGCAGCAUGGAUGAGACGGCACUGUUGGCCUUUGGCAUUCUCCUAGAGGAGGCGGGGCGAGAAGUUCUCGGUCGACGAGGUCAUCUCGUCUUCACUGAAGCCACCCAUGACCGCAAUGACGACAACGGCGUGGGCCAGGACUGGUGUGAAGGCAGUACGGCACAGGAAUCCGGUGGCGAGUCCGUGGUUGGGCACAGUGAAGCUGAAUCCUCUCAGGCGGCACGGAAGCGAAGAAGACUUACAUCAGAUGACGAGUGACGGUAGCGUUGAUUCGGUGUUGGAAAUAGCGAAAUCUGCGACAUACAAGGGUUUUUUGCGAAUUUUGUACCUAUUUACCCCUGGAGGAUUUCCUGUACUCACGGAAAUAAGGCUGUUCCUUGGUGCUGAAUAUAUGCAUGUUGGUCACGCCGUUCAUCAGCCAACGAGGACGCCAAUCAUUUUCCAGGGCGUUGCACAACGCCUCGCUGCCCUAUCGAACCAAGAAACGGGCUGUUGGGCGUCAAUGGGCAAGGGAUAAAAUGACAGGUUAUCUACACAUCGAUUGACC